UUUAGUGAAUAAAUUUCCCUACCCUCUUGAUAUCCAAGAAUUUGUCAAUAACCCUUCUGUCCCCGCGAUAUUUCCUUCAUCUUUCGUGUGGUUCUUUCUUUGGUAAAAUCCUCAUUCUUACUUUAAUGUCAAAAUCUUAGAGCAUCAUUCGUUCCUUAGCUUUUUAAGCAUUCCCACCCGCUUCAAACCACUCUGCUACACAACUCAACCAUCCUUGGUUUCCUUCUUCCUAAUGGCCGCAACCGAAGUAAAAGUCGAAGCUAAAGAACCAGAUCAAGAACUCUUAGAACCUCUCAUGUGCAAGAGCUGCGUGUUGAAAGUCUCCAUUCAUUGCCAAGGCUGCACAAAAAAAGUCAAAAAAGUCCUACAAAGCAUAGACGGUGUUUAUUGCACGUCAAUUGAUUUGAGGCAACAAAAGGUCGUGGUAAAGGGAAACGUGGACAGCGACACUUUGAUUAAGAAAUUAUCAGAGACAGGGAAGCGCGCUGAGUUGUGGCCAGACCAACCCGAACUGAAGAAGAAGAAGAAGAAAAAGAAAAAGAAGAAGAAGAAGAAACCAGAAAACAAAGAGAAACAAAGCGACCAAGAUAGCAGUGAAGAAAGCAACCAAAGCGGUGGCGACGACAACAACGAAAAGGAAGCUAUUAAGGUUGUCGUUCAAGACACGCCCAAAAACGCCGAAGGAAGCGCAACCGGCUUAGCCGGUGUUCAAUUCCAAGACCCCAGGAUGGAGGUGAGGCAAACCGUGACGUUACCACCCGGUUACCCCUCAUCCAUGGGCGAGAAAAGGGUUACUAUAGCCCUCCCAGGCAUGGAUGAGAACGGAGGAGCAAUCGACGGUGGGAAAAAGUCCAAAAGCAAGGGGCAAAAAGGGAAUGUGAUGAUCAACGGCAACGAGGGUGUCACUGUUGCGGAACACUCUGGUGGUGGUGAUUGGAACCAGAACCAGAUGCCCGGUAAUGGGCCGGGUCCAGCUUCGGUUACGAUUGUGGGCCCACCUAAUGAGAGUUCCCCACGCCAUCAGUACCCACCGCACUACCAUGCACCGGCAUCUCCGGUCUACCACGCACCGUAUCCCACUGUCACCCGCUACGGUGCAGCGUAUUAUACCUCCCCUCAACCGUAUUCGUAUGCGCACGUGUAUCGAUGCGUUGGCUCCGAGUCUGACUCGGAAACUCACACAACGCCUUCACCACCCUCGUAUUCGUUCGAAUUAUUCAGCGAUGAAAAUCCUAAUGCAUGCUUUGUCAUGUGAGAGGGAUUGUCACGGAAUUUCAACCACCCUAACUAACUUUCUUUUUCUGGUUAGUUGAUUACUAUUAUUAUUAUUUAUUGCAUUAGCUUCAAGCAUGAACACUGGCUUUGUCCGUUUCAAAUAUUCUUACUGAAGAAUUUCUUUUUC